AUGGGUUGCCCGAUGCGAAGUUCCCGGUUGGCGACCGGUUCUCGAUUCUUAUUGGAUAAAGCAUUAUCCAAAGUCUCCAAAAGUUCUCGAUUCGGCUUCUGUGAUAAAUAUUGUGUUAAAACUUUUCGCAGUUUCUUGGACAUAUUCCACAAGACAUUCUUAUUGUUGUUUUUAGGAAUGGCUGGAGAUUUGGGAAUUGGAAGCAUCAUUCCUCAAUCUCACGACACUUAUCCCAACUUUAUGCGACCGAUCCAAUUUGAGAAGGAAGUAAUGCUGCAUUUAUGCCUCAGGGCUGAGGAGAUGCAGUGUCCAUCGUUCUCUGUGGCCUAUGAAUUCAGAAGGUUUGGCUGCUUUGACGACAUCGGCCUGGAGUUCGAGUACUCCGGGACAUUCUACACAUUGCUUUUCCAAGUGAAGCAUUCCACAAAGGAUACGCCACUGCGAGAUGUAGAUUUCACGGAAGAAAAACGAGGAAACCCUUUCUUUUUGGACAAUUUCUCGAAAAGUGUCCCAGAAAAUGGAAUUCAAACGAAUAGAACGUGCAAAUUUCUUCUCUUGCUGAACAGAAAUGUUGCAUUCAAUCAGGUUGAAACAAUUCCUGAAGAAGAUGAUGAUGGAAUUAGAGCUCUCUUCGUGCGACUCUUCGGCACCAGAGGACGAGCAAUGAGAUUACAAAGUGAGAUUCUUGUGAAGAACAGGAAAGGAGAGGAAAUCCUAAUUGACAACGAGUAUUUCCUAAGAAAUUUCGUCAUUUGCUGCAAUUUACCACCUUUGGAGGAUGUCCGCGCAAUGAACGAUCAACUUUUUCGCGAUCUUUAUCAAAAUGAUGAUGUUGAUUUUGCCGAGAAGAUGAGAAGAAGAGUCUUUGAGGCUCUUCAAGUGGAUUCACUGGAGGAACAUCGACCAACGCUCAACAAGGACUUCUUCAGAGAAUUAAUUGGAAAUUCUGAGAGACAUCAUGAUUUCUACUCAUAGAAUUGUAGAAAUUGUAUUAUUUUCAUGUAAUAAAAACUAGUAUUUUUC